ACCGUUUCGAGAUAAGAUAGGAUUGAGCAGCGAAGAAAUUACAAAUAUGUGGAUGGCAAGAUAAAAGCACGACAGUAAAAUCCAAAUGGCAGUAGAAGCAAAUUCCAGGGCAUGAGUAAGGUUGUGUUGUUGCAAAUCGUAAACGGCAUGAUUCAGUGGAACCCAAAAGGAACCAGGACACUCGACCAACCUAUCAUGCCAACUCAGUCUUCAGCCGCGUUGAUGUGGCGUUCCAUAGCAGAUCGGGAGCUCUUUCCAUACAGAUGUUGCAGAGAUUCUCAAGAGCCAGCCAGACUCAUCCGGUCAUUCAAAGCCCGACAUGGAUUUGGUAGGUAAUAGAGAGCAGCCUACCACCGGGACAAGGUUUCAUGCAAAACGAGCAUUAUCCACACACUCGAGUCUGCACCACGCAAUCCGACCGUGGUGUCUUCAGCAUGCUGUCCCUGGUCAAAGAUGAUGGUCCUUGAAUCAUCUCGAGGCUAACUGAGAGAGGUGGUCCACCACACGGCUUGUCGCGUGGCGCAGUGGACCCGUUGGACUAGUGGC